AUGGUGGCUGCGAUGCUGCUGCUGCUGGCGGUGCUGUUGGCGGGGGCGGAGGCGGGCGGCGGGCUGUACUCGCGGGAAGCCAACCAGGCCGCCGCCGCCGCUUCCCCCUCCGCCGGGCCGCCCGCCGAGUUCCGCCUGGUGCGCCUGAACCAGCUGUGGGAGAAGGCGCAGCGCGUGGGGCUGCCGGCGGUGCGCCUGGCCGAGCUGCACAGCGACCUGCGGCUGCAGGAGAAGGACGAGCUGAGCUGGAAGAAGCAGAAGGCCGCCGGGCUGGACGAGGACGGGGAGCGGGAGGCUCGCCUGAGGCGCCGCCUGGAGGUAAUUAUGACCAAAUACGGCUUGAGUGGGAAGAAAGAGAGGCAGCAGUGGGAGACCAACCACAUCAAGGAAGGCUUUGCGAAGGAUGACUUGGAUGACCCCCGGCUGGAGAAACUCUGGAACAAGGCCAAAAGCUCCGGGAAGUUCUCAGAUGAGGAACUGGAGAAGCUGUGGAGGGAAUUUCAGCACCACAAAGAGAAAGUCCACGAGUAUAACAUUCUGCUGGAGACCGUGAGCCGGACAGAAGACGUCCACAAAAACAUGAUCAACCCGGUGGUGGACGAGAGCAUAGCCAAGACGGAGCUGCUGCAUCGCAAGCACUCGGAGCUCAAGGAGCAGCUGCACAGCAUCAACCAGGGCUUCGAGCGCCUCCGCAAAGUCAGCCACCAGGGCUACGAUUCCACCAGCGAAUUUGAAGAGCCCCGUGUGAUUGACUUGUGGGAUUUGGCUCAGUCAACUAAUUUCACAGAGAAAGAGCUUGAAUCACUUCGGGAAGAACUGAAACAUUUUGAAGCCAAAGUGGAAAAGCACCACCAUUAUCAGAAGCAACUGGAGAUCUCCCACCAGAAAUUGAAGCAUGUGGAAGGGACGGGGGACAAGGACCAUCUCAGCCAAAACAAAGAGAAAUACACCAUGCUGGAAGAGAAGACGAAAGAGCUGGGCUACAAGGUCAAGAAACACUUGCAAGAUUUGUCCAGCCGAAUUUCUAGAGGCCUUCAGCACAAUGAACUCUGAAGCUUUCUCUGCUCUCUGCACACUGGUCGUAAUUCAGUCCUGAAAUGUAUAUAUUACUUGACGUUCUGCUGCAGAUCUUCACUGACAAUUUGGAUUUUUUUUUCCUGGUAAAGUUUAAAUCCCGAUGCCACCCUGGAGGUACUCGCAGUGCCCUGAAUGCUUGUGAUGUGGGCUUAAGAGCUCCAUGAAAGAGAAGCUUCCGGAGGCAAAAUCCUGUUCAAGGCAAAGAUUCCCUGCCGAUGGCUGGAAUGGACGUUCGUGGCAGGUCCGGUGUUCUUGUUCCAGGGUUCACCUCCUGUGCUAAUAAAAAUGCGGCCCUCUUAGGAAACCCCUGCUGGGCUCGUCUCCACCUGAGCUGGAAGCCUCUGUCCUCCAGGCUCCAUCAGUUUGUUCCUUGGGCUGCCCUGACUUUCCGACAUCCGUUGCUUUAAAGCCGAAAGGGGCAGUGACCUCUGCUCAGCCAGCCAGCAGUGUGGGGUCCCUGGGGCCUCUUGGUCGGAUUGCGACAGCCCCAAGCAAAGGGAAAUGGGGCCACUCAGAACGUCAGCUGGUCAUCUACUUGGUCAAUUUGGGAGGGGGCUGUAAGCAGGAAGGGGGGCUCCAUGCUGGAGGGAGGCCGAGGAAUGGACAGUAGGCUUUUUAGGGAUUUGAAUAGCUUCACCGUGGUUUUGGUUGACCUGUGGUCGAGGGUCCAAAAACAAGUUCAGAUGAGGGAAUGCUUGUGAUGGUUGCAUAAAUGUAUCCCUGCCACAC